GCAAGACUCAGGACUGUAUACGGUGUUAACUGUAGUGGCCCUUUAAACAUACAACAAGAAGAGUGCUUGAAAUUCUGUAAUCACUUGCACAGCUGUAGUCAUUGUACUCUCUUAGUUUAGCAUUCCCUCGUACAGUUUAAGUACAAUAUGUAUGGAAGUAGCACUCAGUAUCAGAACUGGACUUUUAAAGAUGAGCAUGAACUGGUUAAAUUACGCAUUCAGGCCAACAGUGACUUCAUUGAGAAAUUUGGAAUAAAUAUGACAAGUGUUGAGAGAGCUAAACAUUUUCUCACUAUAGAAGAGGAGCAUUUGAUGGUUCGUUCAUAUGAGCAUUCUUUGAGAGAUUUUUGCAAGAAAUUUCGAGACCCAAGAGAUGCUCGAAUUCGAAUGCUUCCAUCAGUAACAACAACAGCACAACAUUAUUUCAAAAGAUUUUAUCUCUACAACUCGGUAAUGGAUUACCACCCCAAAGAAAUUCUAGUGACCUGUGUGUAUCUUGCAUGCAAAAUUGAAGAAUUUUAUGUUACCAUCAAUGACUUCGUUCACAAUGUGCGUGGUGAUAAGAAGAAAGCUGCUGAGAUUAUUCUUAACAAUGAGCUUCAGCUUACCCAAGAAUUACAGUUUCAUUUAAUUAUUCACCAACCAUUCCGUCCAGUUGAAGGCUUACUUAUAGAUAUUAAGACGAGGUUUCCGCAGCUGCGAGAUCCUGAACGACUUAGGCCAUACAUUGAUGAGUUUUUAGAGAGAGUCAAUCUUACAGAUGCCAUCUUACUCUAUGCACCAGGGCAGAUUGCUCUUGCAGCAGUUACAAAUGCAGUAAGCAGAUUGGGAGAGAACCUUGAUCAGUAUGUCACUGAUAUACUUUUCCCUAGUGAGCAGAGGCAUCAUCUUUCUGUUCUAAUUGAAGCAGUCAGAAAGAUUAAGAAAAUGGUAAAGAAUGCGGAACCUCCAUUGUCAGAUACUGUGCGUCGUGAAAUAGAAGCCAAGUUGGAAAAAUGCCGUAAUCAGCAAAAUAAUCCUAACUCAUCACAGUACCGUGCUAACUACUCUGAAUGGGAUGAUGAGGACCUACCAAUAGCUGCAGCACCAUACAAUGAUGAUUUAGGUUUAGGAGUUGAGAGAAUUAGAUCACCAUCAGCUUACUAAAAAAGAAACAAAUAUAUGGUUGCCAAUAAAUACAAUAUAAUAGAAAGUACAUUAGACCAGUUGGCUCAGCAGGUUCGAGGCCCAGUGGGUUACCAAUGCCCAGGGAAUAGCAAAGCAAGAUGCAGUACAAAUAUCCCUUUUCUCUUUUUAGUUUAAUGAGAAUUUGAAUUUUUGUAUGCUCCAGAAUUUUCAACCUGUCAUUAUGAUUUACAUUACUUAAGUCAAGCUUAUUUUAGUCAACGUUUUCUUCAGCAUCAUUUUUUUUUAUUGACAACCCUGCAUUAUUUACCUUUUUUUAUUUUUUUUCAAAAUUAAAACAUUUAUUUUAAACCUCUGCAGUUCUGUUAGUUUUCAACUGAAGUAGAAUGAUGUUUUGACUAUAACCCUUGGAACAUUUGUCAGACCUAUAUGGUAAAGCUACUUGCUACAUUUAUAUAGAAAUUAGUAGCUUACUGUUGACAAAAGUUGACUGUCUGAUGUAGGCUGUGCUAAGUUGUAUCCCCAAGUGAGAUGAGUGAAAAUGUUGAACCUCAAAAUAUAUUUUAAACUCA